AUCGGUUCGCUGUUCGCUGUUCUGCGGACCUCCAUUUCUCCAUUUGAUCGCGUGCUGCUGCUUCGAGAGAGAGAUUGUGUGCAACAAACGGCAAUGGCCACAUCAAGGAACUCUAGCUGCUGCUGCUGUUGUUGGUCGUUAGUUCUGCAGCUUGUGUUACUGUUGGGCACGUUCCUGCUGCCGGGGGUCCACGGUUCUACGUCGACAUUCACGCGAAUAGGCCAAGAAGCGACCGGUUGCCCACGGAACAGUCCAUCGUUGAACCGGUGUAUCGAGCAGGCAAUACAGUAUUAUAUCAGCUACAUGUACACCGGGCUCAUCUCGGAGAGGACCUCCGUAUCAUCGCUCGAUCCGCUUGACCUUCCCGAUGCGACGCUCAUCCGGACCGAUGACGUUCUGUCCACCUCGAGCAAACGCAGCACGACCGGCUUCCGGAACAUGUACAUCACGGACGUUCGGAGUGACAUUGCUCGGUUGGAGUUUUUCUUCAAAUUUCACGUCGCGGCCAUCGAUACGCGGGGCACGUACCAUGCCCGCCUGCUACGCCAUCCAGGCAUUGCCGAAUGGUCCCAGAUGACGUACUCGAUACGUAACUCGACGAUCGCGAUGCAGCUGAAGGGAAGCAACGUAGAGUACGAGGAUCGUGUGUAUCUGAAGGUGAAGGUGACGCAGUGGGAGCAACAAAUUGGUGACCACACCGUCGGUUUCCGGUGGUUUACGAUGAGUGGCAACUACAGCCAGCACAGUGAUCGGUUUGAGCAGAUACGUGGCCGCGACAUUCUACCCGUGGUCGAGCGGGAGCUGAUGGGGAGCCUGCAGCAGCGGUUUCAGCUGCUGCUGAACGAGGUGCUGUUCUUGGCGCCAUUCGAUCGCUUCUUUCCCACGUCGUACUAGUCCAGUCGGGGGCGCCACCGGUCGCGAUAAGGCCGCCUGUCCGCCCGUUUGUUUGUUUGUUUUUUUUGUACAUAGAAUGCAGCAGCAGCAGCAGAGGGGGUCGAAGAGAGAUUAUAGUGUGUAAGAGACUGUGACACUUGUUUUACAAUAAACGUCGAAUAUUUACCAUAAGCAAAGAAGGGGUCAGGAUCAGGCUUCUUGGGAUUUUUUUGUUAUCUUUUGGCAUUACGUUUAUCAGUUUUUUCUACUCGAGCUAAAUUUAGUCGCUGUAGACGAUUAAACCGAUAGACUGCUUUAACAACAUUUCCAGCAAUAUCACGUGUAUCAGUACAGAUCCAAAACCGUUUACUAUGUU